CUGCGGCGCGCCGGACGGUGGGCGGUCUGGCCAUGCUUCGCGCGGUGAGCGCCCUGGGUGCGCGGCCCAUGGGCCGGCCUCCAGCCCCGUUUCUGCUCCACGCGCGCUGCCGCAAGACCCGCCACGACCCGCCGGCCAAGUCCAAGGUCGGGCGCGUGGCGACCCCACCCGCUGUGGAUCCUGCGGAAUUCUUCGUGCUGACGGAGCGUUACAGGCAGUACCGCCAGACGGUGCGCGCCCUCAGGCUGGAGUUCGUCUCCGAGGUGCGCAAGAAGGUGCACGAGGCCCGGGCCGGUGUCUUGGCAGAGCGCAAGGCACGAGAGGACGCCGCUGAGCACCGCGAGCUGAUGGCCUGGAACCAGUCGGAGAACCAGCGGCUGCGCGAGCUGCGGAUGGCCAGGCUGCGGCAGGAGGCGCAGGAGCAGGAGCGGCAACAGGCGGAGGAGGAGGCCCGGCAGGCCCGAGAGGCGCAGGCUUGGGCGCAGCUCAAGGAGCGUGAAGUGCUGCAGCUGCAGGAGGAGGCAAAAAACUUCAUCACCCGAGAGAACCUGGAGGCGCGGGUAGAAGAAGCGUUGGACUCCCCCAAGAGCUACAAUUGGGCCAUCACCAGAGAGGGACUGGUGGUCAGGCCACAGCACAAGGGCUCCUGAGGACCCAAGCCAAGCCCGCAAGUGCUGGUGCUGGCUGACCUGUUGCUGCUGCUGGAACUGCAGUGCCUGUGCAGGAAGGAACCCAGGAGCCACACUUAACCACCUCCACUGCUGCUGCAGCUGCCAGAAGUACCAGAAGCUGAGGGGAAAUGUGGAUUUGCCCUUCCUCUGGCUUUAAAGACAAAUCUUUUGUCAGUGACUCUUAUGUUACUGUCAUAAUGGAAGCCAGCUGGCAAGGAAGGCUGGGAAAUGUGUGCAGGCCUCCAGCCUCCUGUGGAACUGAGAGCAAUGGUUGAAUAACCAGUACAAACCAAUUUUUUUAGAAGCACUGUUUCUCACAACUUACAGUAUUUAGAAUGGGAUAGGCAGAAUUGUUUUGUGGGGACUUCUUUAAAAUAAGGCGAGAUGAAAUUUGAGACAGUCAUAUAUUUUGGCAAUCAGGGAUUCACACUUUCUGAAAUUCUGCAAAAAUUAUCAAUAGCAACAAACAGCAUAUCACUAGCUUGUUUUUUAAUCUGAAAAAUGUGAUACUUUCAAAUAAAAUUUUGUCUAAAAACAUAGUUUAAUUCUAACUUUUAAUAAUAGACAAAUUUUAUUUGUCAAGAAGAGUUUCAUGUAAAAUAUCUCCAAAUUGUUUGGCAAAGGUCAUUAAAAUACAUAUUUUUGAAAACAGCAGUUUUGUAAGCAACUGUUCUAUAUACAUCUUUUUUAUCAUCAUUUAUCAGGAUUGUCACUUCUUUGUGUGAGACACAUGGUUUUUUCCCUCUGAAUAUUUUAUUGCUGCCUGUGACAUUCAGCACUUUGGAAAUGUUUUUAAAUGACAAAUUUCCCAGACAACAUAUGGACUGGAAGAAAAUAUUUGCAAACGAUGUGACCAACAAAGGCUUAAUUUCCGAAAUAUACAAACAACUCAUACAACUCAGUAUCAAAAUAAAAGCAACCCCACCAAAAAAUGGGCAGAAAACUUAAGUAUACAUUUCUCCAAAGAAGACAUACAGAAGACCAACAGGCACAUGAAAAGAUGCUCAGCAUUGCUAAUUAUUAGAGAAAUGCAAAUCAAAACUACAAUGAGGGAUCACCUCACACGGUCAGAAUGGCCAUCAUCAAAAAGCCUACAAAUAGGGCUUCCCUGGUGGCG